AUGCAGUUUAGCAAGAACGUGAUAUUACGCAUUUUCAUUUUAUCAUAUUCAACUAUAAUAUGGACCUCGGAUAAUCAAGGAAGAGCUUAUGGCGACGAAUGGCUGUAUUUUGUGAGUGAUAACGGAACUACUCAUGUAAUGAAUUUCUCGUCGGUUCCAAAUGAUACGCAAGAUAUGAAUUUCGGAGACGUUUAUUUUUAUUUAUAUACCAGAAAUAAUAUCGAGAAACCAGAAAAUUUAAGAAUAUCAGAGAAUAAUAUCUCGAUUGAAAGUUUAAAUUUCAAUAAAUCUAAUGAUAUUAGAGUGAUAACUCACGGGUGGUUCUCUGCGGAAAACGUUAAUUGGAUACAGAAGAUCAAAUAUUCUCUUUUGAGAGAGUACGAUUUAAAUGUAAUUACGGUGGACUGGAGCGAGUUAUCGAAUAAUAUUAUUUACCCCUAUGCGGCGUUCAGUACACGCUAUAUUGGUAAGCGCGUUGCGAAAUUACUGAAUGCUUUAAUUAAAACCUAUAGCGUCGGAGGAAAAAAGAUACAUUUAAUUGGACAUAGUUUAGGUGCACAUAUAAUGGGUUAUGCGGGAAUGUUUUCAAUGGAAAAAAUACAUCGUAUCACAGGACUGGACCCUGCGCGCCCUCUUUUUGAAAUACCCGAAAUUUCUCCAGAUUAUCGUCUUGAUAAAAGUGAUGCUGAUUUUGUUGAUAUAUUGCACACUUGUGGAGGAAUUUUCGGGUAUAAGAGAAGUUACGGUCAUGCAGACUUUUAUCCUAACAGUGGACAGCCAAUGCAACCUGGGUGUAGCGGUGUUCGCCAAAUAGCCGAAUCGUGCAGUCAUGGUCGAUCGCACGAAUAUUUUGAAGAAUCAAUAGAAUAUAAAUAUAACACUGGCUUUAUUUCCUUUCCUUGUGAGAGUUGGAAAAAAUUUGAUGUUGGCGAGUGCAAAGAGGAUCCAACUAGUAUGGGAUACAAUGCUAAUGUCACAAGUAUUGGCAAUUAUUAUUUUCGUACUCGAAACGAAUCUAAAUUCGCUAUCGGUAAUGUUUAG